AUGGUGAUAGAUAGUCCAGAAAAAUGGCAUGAGAGGCUGGGGAAUACGUUAUGGGCAUACAUAACUUCCAAGAAGGCAGAAACGGGGACAACUCCUUAUGCUUUGACGUUCGGGCAAGAUGCAGUGCUCCCCAUGGAGAUUAACGUUAGUUCUGUAAGAAUUCAAAACCAAUUUGGGCUACAUAGUGAAGAAUACAUCAAAGCCAUGUGUCAAGGAAUUGAAGACCUGGAUGUAGUCCGAAUUGAAGCCUUGAACCAGAUUCAAGAAGGAAAGAAAGCUGUUGCCCGAACUUAUAACAAGAAGGUGAAGAUAAAGUCUUUCAAAGAGGGAGAUUUAGUAUGGAAAACAGUCCUCCCGCUAGGAGCUCAGCUUCGGGGCUUUGGAAAGUGGAGCCCGACAUGGGAGGGUCAUUUCAUUGUUAGUCAAGUUUUGAAUAAAGGAGGAUACUACCUAGCGGACCUCGAAGGAAAUGGGCAGAAACAUCCCAUUAAUCUGGUUUCCCGAUGUCUUCAUGAAUGGAACCCAAUCGGGUGA